UCGAUCUAGCGACUGUGACAAUGCAAUUUUGAACUUGUAACAAGCAACUGAUUUUUCUAUUUUUUUUAUAUGUACUUGUAGCGGCAGAAUACAGUACAUUUCUAUUUUUAAACAAUUUUUUAUUCUGCCUGGUCCUUCUCCAAUCCUCAACAUGGUCUUCGAUGCCAGAUAAUUAUUUGAAUCAGCGAGCUUCGAGAUAUUAAGGACCAAGGACCGCCAUUACGGCUGAGAAAAAGAAGAAACGCAUCGUGUGGCAUAUUUCCUGCGCAUCCAACAUACCGGCUUUCCAGUGAGGAGUGCAGCUUGAAACAUCCCGAGGCGGCUAUAUCUUCAUCCAUCAGCUACGAAGUGGUCAACUGUUCUACCAUUAUUCCGGAAAACUACAAUCCGACGACGUCGAUAAGGAGUGAACAGGUUAAGAGGAGCUAAAAGUGAGUCCGUUCCUUAAUAUCUCUCAAUCAUUUACGUAAGAAUCAUUAAUAGCUAAUUUUCAACAAUAUUCCUCUAUUUGACACAAUUUAGAAAGAAACUUAUACUUAAAAACAAUAUAUUAGGCCUUUAAACAAUAACCGUAACCUAUUUUAAAACUACUAUACAAAUAAAUCAUACUUUAAAACUCAAAUAAAUCUCAAUUACAUAAUUGCAUAAUAAGUGCAUCGGCCGAGCGCUGAUACCUAAACGUUUUUUGCCAUAUCUAACGGUACGCCCGGUCGACAUAGGUACUUAUCGCCAUAACUUAGCCGGCUUGCUUAUAGUAAACAACAUCGGAGUAAUUAACAUUAAAUUCGUAAGAAAGUGUUUUAGUUUACGUUCUCAGUUUAUAGUGCUGGUGGUGUUGGUGGAACAGAGUGUUUAUAGUGCUAAAAAGGUAAAUACUAAGUGCAAUUUAAGAUGAAUGAAGCCUUGAUUAAAGAGUUAGUUAAAAAGAGGGGUCAUAUUAAGUCGCGAUUAACUAAAUUUUCAGGUUAUAUACGCGAGUUAGCCGAAAAAGCAUUGUGUGCGGCUCAGGUGACGGAACUGCAACUUCGGAUUGCUAAAUUAGAAUGUGUUUACAACACGUAUGACGAGAUUCAAACCAAGUUGGAGUAUAUGGUCGAGGAUGACGAGGCCCAGUUGGACGAGAGGUCUGAUUUCGAGGAUUUGUACUACUCGUCAGUCGCGGCGGCCAAGGAAUUGGUAAACAUGCAUACCAAGGUCGCGCCUAGCGAUGGGGGUUCCGACAACAAUACACGGCGUCAUCCACAUGUAAAAUCGAUCGUGCGGAUCUAUUGGAAACCAUGGCGAUGGAGGGCCCCGGGCGUCGCGCGUCCUGGCCGCUCGCCGCCGGCGCCGGCGCUGCCCCCGCGGCGCACGCGCGCUCCGCCGUACGACGGGUAAAGGAAAAAUGUUUCGUAGGACUAGAUGAACGUCAAACCGAUACUGAGCGAACCAAAUGGAGGCAAGCCAAGGGUCAACUUUCAACCGAUACCAUGGUCGUCGUCAAAGAAGACAACCUGCCUCCACUGAAAUGGAAGCUCGGCAGAAUCGUUAGCGUCAUCCCUGGAUCUGAUGGCAUCAAUCGCGUGGCCGACAUCCGGACGUCGUCUGGGAUCAUCCGUCGUGCGUUCAGCAAAAUAUGUCCACUACCAGUCGAAAAGUAAAUCUUCAGUUGAAAGAACAAGCUUUCAACGUGGGCGGGCAUGUUGGAACGAAACGCAAGGCUUCAACGGGGGCUGCGGUGAGACGGGGGCGACCUCUGUCUAUGAGAUUCGAUCUAGCGACUGUGACAAUGCAAUUUUGAACUUGUAACAAGCAACUGAUUUUUCUAUUUUUUUUAUAUGUACUUGUAGCGGCAGAAUACAGUACAUUUCUAUUUUUAAACAAUUUUUUAUUCUGCCUGGUCCUUCUCCAAUCCU